GAUUCAGACGACACAAGUUGACAAGUUGUUCAAAAGUAGAACGUUACAUAAACACUAGUGUCUCUCAUCUAUGGGAAUUUUCAGCUGCCACUGCCAGUCCCUCAGCUCAAAUAUUUUAAAACAAGUUUCCCUGAACAUAUAUAAUAACAGAAAAAUGACGACUUCAUUACACAUUAAAGAAAAUCUGGAAUUUGUGAGAGCAAAAAUGAUUGCAGCAUCUCUGAAAAGAGCGGAAGAGGCGGUAGCAUAUAAGACGCCAAGAUUAGUAGCUGUUUCGAAAACAAAACCUGCAAUUGAUGUAAUUGAGGCCUACCAUGCAGGACAAAGGCAUUUUGGAGAAAAUUACAUCCAGGAAUUGGCUGAAAAAUCUGCUGAUUCAAAAAUUUUGGAGAAAUGCCCAGAAAUAUGUUGGCAUUUUAUUGGCCAUUUGCAAAGAAACAAAGUGAACAAAAUCCUUUCUGUACAAAACUUGUACAUGAUAGAAACUGUUGAUUCACUUAAACUAGCUAGUGCUUUGAAUACAUCUUGGAUUAAACUGGAGAAAACUGAAAAACUUAAGAUCAUGGUGCAGGUAAACACCAGUGGUGAAGAGAAUAAAAAUGGAGUUCCACCCAGUGAAGCUACCAAUUUAACAAAGCAAAUCAUGAAUGAUUGCCCAGGUUUGGAAGUUUGUGGAUUAAUGACAAUUGGGGCAUAUGAUUAUGAUGUCACUUUAGGACCUAACCCAGAUUUUCUAAAACUGGUCGAAUGUCACAAGGAAAUCUGCCACAUUUUAGACAUACAACCAGGAUCUUUAGAAUUAUCUAUGGGGAUGUCAUCUGACUACGAACAUGCAAUUGAGCUUGGGAGCACAAACGUAAGAAUCGGAAGCACUAUUUUUGGACCACGAGCAACGAAGCAUUAAAUAUUAGGAGUAAACAAAGAAGCAGUGCAACGCGUUUCCGAAUGAUGAAUGGAUAUUGAAAUGCAAAACCCAGCAAUAAAUGGAUGCCGUUUA